AUGGGCAUUGAAGCGGAACUACUCGCGAUUAUAGGGACUGGCGACGUCGCCGUCGCCGCGGGCAUGGUCGAGCAGCUCGACGUGGUGCUGAGCCACCUCGCCGACGUCCACAAGGAGGGCGGCUCAGACGGUCCUGGGGGCGCUGGCGCUAUGCUGGCUGCCGCGGUGGCCUCGGGGAAGGAGGCGAUAGUGCCGUUUGUGUGGGGCCGCAUCAAGGCUUGCAGCGGGGCCGCCGCGCAGGAUGCGCUGGAGUAUGGAGCGGCGUCGGCGGCCCGCCGGAAAGACCCCCGCAUGCUCCGCGCGCUGGUGGAGUGCGCCCUCGUGCCUAGGGAGGCCAGCGCGCGGACGCGUGGUCGCGCAAUUCUCGCGGUCGCGCGCGCCAGCGGCGACGCGACGAUGCUGAACACCCUCAAGGAGCUCCACGUCCACCGCGGCGCCCCGGAAGAGUGCUGGCAAGGCCUGCUCAACCUCGGGCUCUCCGAGUCCCGCCCGGAGCUCCUCACCUGGGCAUUCAAAGCCUCGGGCCUCGAGCCGUCCUCCAUCGGCCCCGCGGACCAGGGCGAGCUCCUCGCCGCGGCGGCGCGCGCCAACUCCAGGCCGUGCCUCGACGCCAUCAUCCACGCCGCCCGCAUCGUGCCGCUCCCGACGCGCUCCGGCCGCAAGCCCCCCUCCCACGACCACCCGCUCGUCGCGGCCGCCAUGGCCGCCGCCGCCACGGGCUGCGAGGGGGUCCUGGCGCACCUGCACCGCACCAUGAACCUCCCGCUCAGCGUGACGGACCGCGAGGGGCGCGGACUCGCGCACGAGGCGGCGCGGCGCGGGCAGGCCGGCGUGGUGCGCUGGCUCGCGGUCAACGCCGGCACGGGGCACGUCCUCGUGACGGACGCGCACGGCCGCACGCCGCUGCACGACGCGAGCUACAUGGGCCACGAGGAGGUCGUCGAGGUGCUGCUCGGGCUGCAGCCGACGGCGGCGUUCGUGGGGCAGGUCGAGCAGCAGUCGAACCGGACGUGCCUGCACAUCGCUGCCCGCCGCGGCAACGUUGGCAUCGUGCACCGGCUGGCAAACUACCCGGGGCCGCACGUGACGACGAGCGACCGGUCGGGGUGCACGCCGCUGCUGGUCGCGCUGCGGCACGGGCAGGCCGGCGCGGCGCGCGCGCUCGUGGCGUCGGGGCGCGCGGACGCCAAGGACGUGGACUCACGCGGGCGGUCGGCGCUGCACCACGCGGCGAAGAUCGGCGACCCGGCGCUGCUGGCGGCGCUGCUGCGCGCGGGCGCGGACCCGUGGGGCGGCCCGCAGGCGACCGUGCCGCCCGUGCAGGUGUGCGGGGACGCGCAGUGCCGCGCGCUGCUGCAGUCGUACGCGCAGCUCACCGCCGAGGACCGCGGCGCGCUGCAGAGCGAAGGAAAGCGGUCGGCGCUGGUCGAGAAGGCGGAGAAGAUCGCGCUCGCGGCGCCAGCGAGCCCGAUGACGGGCCGCGUGCGGACGCCGCCCGAGAGCGACACGGACGGGGGCGGGGCCACGCCACGUCACGCAAACGGCAACGGGCGAGUCGCCGUCGAUGCGGCGUCGGCCACGUCGGCGAGCGCGCACGACUUGGCGCCCCGCGCGGAGGCGGCCGCGGGGGAGCAGUUCUCGUUCGACGCACCGGGGGGAAGUGACCCGAAACUCCCCCCCACCGAAGACCCCGCCCGGUCGACGUGGCCGCCGCCGCAGCCCACGGCGCCGCCCGCCGACGGCGCGAACAACGGCGGGCCCGCCCCGCAGGGGGCGUGGCGCACCGGCCAGACCCCUGGCGAUGCGGCGGCGUGGCAGCGCGGCCCCGAGGCUACGCCGGAGCUCGAGGUAUCGAAACGGCUGGAGAAGGUGUUCGACCAGGCGGUGCGCGACGUCGGAAUGGACGCGCGGGAGGUGGAGCGAGAGUUCGACGAGCUGGUGCGGCGACGCACGGUGGAUGCGUCGCCGGCAGCGAGCGCGCCGGCAACACCGCGCAAGUCGCGGCCGUCGCUGACGGAGCUCGCGUCGGGCGCGUACGAGAUGGACGCCGCGGAGGACUCGGACGGCGUGGUGAUGUACGAGUCGCCGAGCAAGUCGCGGAACACCGAGGACAGCGGGCACGGAGCGCCGACGAGGGACUCCAAGCGGUGGAUGGCGAACGUGGCCCUGGCGAGCGCGGACCAGUCGGACGCGGACGCGUCCAUGCACGACGACAGGAGCCAGAGGCCCGUGCAGUCCCUCGCGGCGGAGCGCGGCAGCGACGACGAGGCGUCGCCGAGCGCGCGCACGCUCUCGGGGUUCGACGCCAGCGACCACAGGGGCGCGUCGAGCCGGAGGGCGGCGCUCAGGGACAGCGGCCGGCACGCGGCGUCCGCGCCGGAGAGCCCGGCGGAGGACAUCCGGGUCAGCAUCGGCGAGGUGCGCGGUGCGGCUGUGGUCGACUUUUCCCGCGGGCUGUCGCCCGUGCUCGAGGGCGGCAAUCGUGCGCGGGUAGACGCGGGCGACGAGGGCGCGGCGGCGGCCCGGAGCGACGAGGACGAGAGCGCGGAGGGGCCGGAAGUGGGAGCCGACACUGCAGAUGUGCGGGGCGACGCCGCGGAGGCGGGCGCGGCCGAGGAGCGCACGGAAGAGGCCGCCGCGGGUCCGGAUCCGUCGGCGGACCUGCUCGUCGAGGCAGUCGCGAAAGCGGAAGCGGCGGAGUCGUCGCCGCCGGAGCUCAGCGAGACAGCGUCGCCCGACGCGUCGCCCGCGCCCGCCGACCCGGCGCCUGCAGAGCCGGCAGGAGAGCCCGCUGAGGACGCGGCCGCUGCCGAGCCGGCGCCGCUGCAGGCAGAGGGCAGCCCCGUCGCUGCCAACGGGCACGACGCGGGUGACGCGGGUGACACGGGUGACGUGGCAGAGACGGAGGUGCCUGCGCACGAGGGCAGCGAAAGCCGACACGCGUCGGAGAACGGCGACGUCGGCGCCUCGGCCAUCCGGCCGGCGAAGGAGGCAUCGCUCAACAGUGGCGUCUUGGGAGCAAUCGUGCAGGCCGCGAUCGUGUCGGGGGCGCCCGAGACGGUGGCGCGCGAGCGCGAGAUCUCGUUCGGGUCGCCCGAGCUCAUCUCCGAGGCGGCCUCGCCGAGUCUGACCCCCCCCGCGACUCCCCGGGAGGCCCCAGGUCCCCUGCGGCACUCUGUGGGGCGCCUGAGCGGCAGCGACGCGUCCUACGCGGCCGCCGCAGGCGCACCCGCGUCAUCGGAGUCCCCGGAGAUCGACGAGGUGCCGGAUCCGAUGUCCCCCCCGGCUGCCAGCUCGCCCAGGAAGGCGCUAGACAGCGCAGCGGAGCCUGAGCGCCCGGAGGGCUCUCCCCCGGUGCUGAAGACGCAGGCGAAGUCGCAGCUGAACCCGCUGUACGCGUCGCCGGCCGCAGAGGUCCCCGACUCCCCCCCUGCCGAGGCGUUUCACACCCCUCCGGGGUCUGCGGCAAGGACCCCCUACCAGCCGACGACACCGGUCGAGGCGGCCGUCGAGGCGCUGCGCGUGCGCAUCGCGACCGUCGGCGAGGGGCUCUCCUCCGCGGUCGACGCCAUCAUCGACGUGCGCACCGAGAACGAAGAGAUCUCCGCGCAGCUCUCGCGCCUGGAGCACCACGAGCGUGCGUUCCGGCAGGUCCUGCGGAACGAGGUCGAGCGCAUCGACGCGGUCGCUAAGGACGGCGAGGCGACCGCGGGCGCGCUCGAGGCGGUCCGCGGCGACGUGAACGCGCUGCGGAGGACUACCGAGGAGAUGGCUGACGGCGUGUCCGCGGCGCAGGCGCAGACGACGGCGCUGUCGAGCGCGGUCGACGAGAUGCGCGCGGACUACCGCCGGAUGCGCGAGGACACGCAGGGGCUCCGCACGGAGCUCGCGGCGCUGAGCAAGGCACUCACCGCCGCCAACAAGGGCAUCGAAGGCACGGAAUCGAACGUGGCGAAGAUCUCGCGGGACCUCUCGGACCGCGUGCGCAACGUGGAGUCACGGGCCUCGGCCGCGGUCGAGGCGGCGGCGCGCCUGGGCCGCGACACGCGCACCGCCGGCCAGCGCACCAGCGACCGCAUGGACGAGCUCGACAGGCGCGUGAAGACGAUGAAGAUCGCCGGGAAGGGCGGCGCCGUGACCGGCGACGCAGCGGUCCUGGCGGCCACGGCGAGCGAGGCCGCGCAGGCGGCCGUCAAGCAGGUCGGCGACUUGUCGCGCGACGUCGCGUUGCUGCGCCGCAAGCUCUCCGAGGGCGGCGCGUCCCCGGGGGGCGGCGCGCGGACGAUCGGGCGCGGGCCGACUGGCAGCGGGGUGUCGCUGCGGGACGGGCCGGUCGCGCAGGAGCUGCGCGCGGGGCAGAAGGAGUUGCGCGAGACGACGGAGGCGCUGGAGAAGCAGGUGGAGGCGCUGCAGCAGCGGAACGCGCGCAUGCAGGACGUGCUGAGGACGCUCCUGGCGACGACGGCGGCGCGCGGGGCCUCGGGCCACGGCGCGCAGACUCCGCCGGCGGAGCCGCGUACGCCGCCGUCGGUGACGAGGACACCGUCGUGGAGCGCGAAACUGCUGGCGAUGCUGAGCGGGGACGGCGAGGAGGGCGAGGCGGAGGAGGCGGCGACGCGCGCUAGCGUGCGGAGUGCGGUGUCGCCGAGGGACAGUCGCGACCAUGGUGAUGUCGGGGGGGGGGGUCCGAGCGCCCCGGCGACGCCCGAGGUGGCACUGGCGAAGCACCGGACGGAGCGGCGGCUGGAACUGACGCCGCGGGGGUCGCCAGCGGCGCCGGAGGCGGCGCCGGCGCAGCGGCAGGCGCGGUUGUCGACGGUGCAAGCGGCGGCGGCGUUUGUGGCGGCGCAGGUGGUGGUGAUCGGGCUGACGGUGGCGCUGACGCUCGGGUACUUGCAGAACAUCGCAGCGCAUGUGUAG